GCCACACACAGUACAGUACAUAGGCCUAUAUUCACUCAAACACUAGACUAACGGCUUUACCCGGAUUUACCUUAACUUGACCUCAUCUCACACAAACUCCAGAGAGGAUUCUGCUGGAAUCGUUCAUCUCAUUACUGGCUAUUAAUCGUCGUUGUUUGUAAAAACAAUGCAAGGUAAAUAAGAGGAAAUUAUCAUCUUUGAACGCCAACACAAUGACAAAGACAAAAGUUGAGGCAAAUCCUGAGUCUAAUGCACGCUCAUCCCAUCACGAACGGGACGGGCAGGAUAAAGCCUGCGGGGACGCGAGCAGCCAGCAGCCGUCAAGACAAAUCCACAGGCAUCAUGUGCAACACAUGACGUCAAAACAACCCCAGGCGAACGCUUCGUCUAAAAUCAUCCCAGCAGCCUCACAGAGCAAAACCAACGAGGUUCACUCUAAGAAACCAAAGCGUGGAGCAUCUGUCACGCCAAACAUCCACACAGGGAAAAAGGAGAUGAGACCAGAGUCGAGAAAACGCUCCGAUAGCAAUCGCAGUAAAUCGUGCGAGAGGAGAAAGCUGUCGGAUGGCAGCAUCACGUCUGAUGACCUGAGUAAAGACUCGGGCUGUGCUACCGGGAAACUGUCUUCCACCGACAGCAGCUCUGAGAUCUCGGACGCAUCUGAGGAGCAUAAGCAGUCCACUGAUGCCCAGUCACAGCAUGGUGAAGUCUGUCACAGAGGUACAGACGAAGAGAUGAUGGACGAUUCAGCUGAGCAAAUAUUAUCAGAACACAGAGAAGAAGAUGGUGUGAUUAAUGCCACCCUGUCUCCAGGGUUUGGCUUCGGAGAGGGAAGCAUCUCUCCUGGAGACCAGCGGUCCUACGUUUCUCUGGACAGUCGCUUGAACUUGAACGCGUGUAUGGCAUUUUCGGAUCUGACUGGAGACUUUGCUGAUGGGGUGCAUGCGGAUCUGCUGAGAGAGAUUGAUGACCUAAGAUCAGAAAAUGGAUAUUUAAAGGACGAAAUGGAGGAGCUCCGCUCGGAGAUGCUGGAGAUGAGGGACAUGUACAUGGAGGAGGAUGUUUACCAGCUGCAGGAACUCCGACAGCAGCUGGAACAGGCCAACAAGGCCUGUCGCAUCCUCCAGUACCGACUUAGGAAAGCAGAGAGACGCAGCCUGCGUGUAGCCCAGACGGGACACGUGGACGGAGAGCUUAUCAGGACACUUGAACAUGAUAUUAGGGUGAGGAUGUGCUUACAUGUCCUCGGACUAAUUAUGGAUAUGGUGCAUUCACAGAAUUCCCUAAAGAGACGAAGUUUGAGAUCAACAUCCAGCAAGAGUGAAAAGAAGCUCUCUUCACAGGAUGACAGUGCUGAUUUGAAAUGCCAGCUCCACUUUGCCAAAGAAGAGUCUGCACUCAUGUGCAAAAAACUAACUAAGAUUGCCCUGGAGAGUGAGGCGAUGCGGGAGGAGCUCGCCAAAUACCGUCUGCUUUAUGGUGAGGUGGAUGAAACCCAGGCUGCAGCGGGCGCCACUAACUCCGCCCACACCCGAGAAGCAGAGGUCAAAGUUCACUUGCGGCUGGUGGAGGAAGAAGCCACGCUGCUGAGUCGUCGAAUAGUGGAGCUAGAGGUAGAGAACCGUGGGUUGCGAGCAGAGAUGAGUGAACUGCGUGAACGAGGAGGAGGAAGCCUGGAAGAAGAGGAGACGAUGAAGGGGGCCAGUGAAGGAUUAGCAGUGCCUCUCCAAACUGGGGAACAGGGGGAGAUGCUUAGAGAUGGAUGUCUGGAUGGGAAAGAGAAUGCAGAUGCAACGACUACCCACAAUAAUAUGCAGGAGAACCAGAUGCAUGUAGAGGAGGUUCAUGCUUCUAUCAGCCACAUGCACAGAGAAGGGCCAAUUGGUGGGGAACAGGAGCUUUCUGCAGAAACUAAAGCGGAAGACGGACAAGCUCAGUGUAUGUCAGACUGCACAUUUGGUGUGAAAGAUCUAGAGAGUCUUCUUGCCAUCCAUGACCAGGCGCUGCUUGUCAGAUCGACUAUCCAGCUCCUAACAACCCCAGCAAAAAAUGGCCUCUCACCUACAUGUACCCAUAACACUCCUGCUGGUGCUCCCUACUUAGGCAAAUCUGCAGUAGAUCCUCAGUGCAAAACACAUCAGUGGCUUUUGGACCCCAUGCUGAGUCCCUUGACCAAUGGAUUAGAGGUGUUACAAGCACAACUGCGUGCUCUUGUCGAAAAGUUGGAGGUGCUGUCAAACUCCAAUUCAGAGCACCCUGGGCCUGUUACAGAGAAGAAUAUGUUGCAUUUUGGCGAAGAUUUAAUUGAAAUGAAAGAGGACUCAAAGAAUCAAGCAAGUCGCGAACUUCCAUGUGAAGAAAAUGUUGGAAAUCAGUGUAACCAGGACAGCUUAGUGCUGCUCAAUCUGCAGCUCCAAUGGUUCAUCCAGCAGUGGAGGCAGGGAGAGAGACCCACAGCUGAUGGAAAGAGCCUGCUUGAGAUGUAUUGUCAGAAUGAUCAUCAUCUGCUUAAGGACACAGAGUCAAAAGCAUGCAAGUAUAAUCUUCAACAGAAGUGCAACAGUCAGGUAAGCAGUGCCCUGCUGUCAGACCUCAGGACAGCACUGUCGGAUCUGUUUUCUGAACUUAUGGAGCAGCACAGGGCAGCCCAGUUUGUCAUCCGGCAGUUUGCUAAAGCCAAAGCAGCGUGGGCUGUGGAAUGUGCAGAGCUCAAGAGCCUCAUAAGCAGGCUGGAUGGUUCAGCUGGGAAGGCAGGAGUAAAGGGUCCAUCAGACCUGAAUGCGGCUUUGCAGAAGGACCAUAUUGAGAAGCUUCAGCACCUGUUAGCAGAGUCCUACACUGCAGUGAUGGACCUGACAAGACAGCUGAAGGUCCGUGAAAGCAGCUGGAGCUCUGAGCGGCAGGAACUGCUAGAACACCUGAACCAUGUGCGUCUAGAGUGCGAAGGGUUGAAGACAGCUAAGCAAAACAGAAAAAUGCAGUCCCCCAGAUACAAGAUGUUGACCAAAGAUGCAAAAAUGGAGAGGAUGCCUCUCAAAACUGGCAUGGCAAAACCCAACAAGAACUGGAAGUACCUCAGUCGAGAAGCUGCCGUUCUGGACAGAGAAGACCCCUGCAAGACUUGGGACUCUCCUAUCAUGCCUCCCAGUUUCCUUGGUCUGACCUUAAACCAGGAGCUGACCCAGAGAAGCCAUACUGCUCCAGAGAGAACCAGCAUUCGUAUAUAUUACAGCCCACCAUCAGCAAAAAGGAUCCAAAUGAGCUCUCCGAUAGCAGCAGAGGAGGAAGCGCUUGAGGAGAGCCAGGAACCACAUUUCAAUGCUGUUUCCUGUGGCCUUGUAAGCCAAGACUGGGCCGCUGCAUAUGAAAACUGGCUGGGUAGCCUGCCGUUUGACUGCCAAAGUUUGAUGGAGAGAGAUUCGAACGCUGUCAUCAGUUCUACAUCCUCUUCUGGUCUUCAGACCUCCAGUAUGACAUCCCCUUCACGCUUGGCUUUCAAUAACUUGGACGUCUCAGCCAACCUGAGUGAUGACAUGAAGGAAAUCACAGCCAGUGUGCUGCAAACCUCCCAAUCCAGCCCUCUGGAGAGGAAAAGAGCAAAGGAUUUUGGGAGCAGUAUGGUGAGUGUUGUGAGUAUAGGAACGCAAACUCAAUCCCAACCACAGGUGACCACAGUUGGGCUACAAACCGAUGGUCCUCGAUGUCUUCAUGCUGCGAAGCACUGGUCGCCCCGAGUGACCUCAUUUGUAUCUUCAAGAACCCCGCAGACAUCAGUGUCACUGGAAAGGGUCCCUGGUCCAGCAGAUCGGUUUCAACCACAGAGCACCUCGCCAAAAAUACAACGCAGACACUCUGCAUCCUCUCCGUUUUCCUCUAAGUCUUCCUCUUCUACAUCCCCCUCAUCCUUUUCCUCUUUCACCACAUCCUCUUUGUCCUCCUCCUCAUCUCCGAGCGCCUCCUCCAGGCUGGAUUAUGGAGCAAAAGAGCGUGGUUUGUGGGCUCUGCCGCAACGUGCUUCGACACCUAGCAGGCCGAGUUCAGUAUCAGUGCAGGGCAGCGAUAAACAUGGCGGCCGUAAAAAUGUAGGCGUUCACAAAUAUGGUCUGGUCCAUGAGUUUCUGCGCAAUGUCUGUGGUCGAGGAGAGAAGACCAACCCGGAGAUGGAGAAAGCGCCAGCAGCUCGUAGGGAUCACAUCGGUCUGGUGGGUUCAAAGAAAUCUGAGCAUCCCCCGUCUCGUAUACCAGCGGUGCCACUGGUCAGAAACGACAGCAUCACCAAGAUUGUGAACCGCAGAUUUAUGAAACAAAGCCAAAAAGAGGAGACGGUGUGUCAGAGCCAGAUCCAAACUCAGCGCCAAAUCGACAGGGGUUCAGUCAGAAAGAACAAGGGCUUGGAGGAUGGAGCCUGUGACUGCAGCUCACGCGCUUUGACAUCCUGUUUUGCUCGACCCUCACAAAAAAAUCUCAAGCACAUUCACAGUCAAAACAAGCCCCGCCCACACGAACACCCCCCAUCCCGUGGCAAAGGUGAUUCUCUUCCAUAAUGGGACUGACACCACGACACUUCUGGGAUCUACAGGCUUGCAUGGACAGAUUUCUUCAGAACUGGAAUGCCCAUCAUUCAUCAAUUUCUACAUAUUCCCCACACCUUUUGUGUUUCGCUAAAUUGAUUAUGCCUUCAGUUCCAUUUUAGCAUGUUAAAAUCCAUUCCAAAAUCUUUCCCUCAAAAUCAGCGUAAAAAACAUGAAAAAGGUUUGCAGAUGCCUUCUGGGACUGGGGUUAGGGAAAUGUCUCCAGGCUAAGUUACUGGCUUUAAUAUUCGU